AGCAGCAGCCGGAUCCCAGCUCGGGUGUUGACCCCAGGUUUGCGAAGAAAGAGCUACAAAACUGCAAUUCCCAAGAUGCCUUCCACUACCAGAUGACCCGUCACGCGUAUGGUUCACACAUGCUCAGUGUGGUGGCUGAAACCUUUUUCAAUAGGCUCAUAAGUUAAAUAAGGUGGAGCAAAUGGCACCACCUCAAGAUCAGGCUUAAGGAUUUGUGUUUGAGACGAGUCCCAGGGUGGAGCCAGAAUUUACCUUUGUACUUUAUGCAGUCAGGGUUGGUGGCAAUUAGCUGGGUGACUUCUGGAACUGGCUGCCAUCCUGACACGUCUCAGAGCUACAAGCAGGUUUGAAUCAAGGAUCCUUUUGGCCCUGCUACCCAGAUUCCUGCUACCCCUGAGGACCCCUGCAUUAGUCACAAGAUUUUUACUACCUGGCUACAGGGUCCUGCCCAACAUCCACCAUGACUUCACAGCCCCUCGGGCUGGCAGAAGAGUCUGGCCAAAACCCUGGGGAGUCUGAACUGGCUGUGAACCCCUUUGAUGGGCUCCCCUUCUCUUCCCGCUACUACGAGCUGCUUAAGCAGCGCCGAGCCUUGCCUAUCUGGGCUGCUCGCUUUAUCUUCUUGGAGCAGUUGGAGAGUAGCCCCAGUGGAGUGGUGCUGGUGUCUGGGGACCCUGGCUCUGGCAAGAGCACCCAGAUCCCUCAGUGGUGUGCAGAGUUUGCGCUGGCCAGGGGUUUCCAGAAGGGCCAGGUAACUGUCACUCAGCCUUACCCUCUGGCAGCACUGAGCCUGGCUGUGCGGGUGGCUGACGAGAUGGACCUGACGCUGGGUCACGAGGUUGGAUACAGCAUCCCCCAGGAGGACUGCACUGGGCCCGACACCCUGCUCAGGUUCUGCUGGGACAGGCUGCUCCUGCAGGAGGUGGCCUCAACCCGGGGCACUGGAGCCUGGGGCGUGCUGGUGGUGGAUGAGGCUCAGGAGCGGUCAGUGGCCUCGGAUUCACUCCAGGGGUUGCUGCGAGAUGCCAAGCUGGGAAACCUCCCAGGGGACUCCAGAGUGGUGGUCAUUACUGACCCAGCCCUUGAACCCAAGCUCCAAGCCUUCUGGGGCAAUCCCCCUACUGUGCAUGUUCCCAGAGAGCCUUGCGGGACUCCCACCCUCCUCUACAGGGACAGUGUCCCUGCUGACCGGGUGGAAGCUGCUUGCCAGGCUGUGCUUGAGCUGUGCCAAGAGGAGGCUCCAGGUGAUGUGCUAGUGUACCUGCCCAGUGAGGAGGAAAUUUCCCUGUGCUGUGAAUCCCUGUCCAGGGACAUAGGGUCCCUGGACCCCCAACGGCCUCCUCCACGGUUGCUGCCCCUUCAUCCAGCCUAUGGUCAAGCCAUUCAGGCUGUAUAUGAGGACACAGAUGUAGGUGCCCGAAAGGUCGUGGUCACUCACUGGCUGGCUGACUUCUCCUUCUCCCUCCCUUCCAUCCGACAUGUCAUUGACUCAGGCCUGGAACUUCGAAGUGUUUACAAUCCUCAGAUCCGAGAGGAAUCCCAAGUGUUGAGGCCUAUCAGCAAGUGUCAGGCCAAGGCAAGACGGCUGCGGGCAAGAGGGUUCCCACCAGGAUCCUGCAUCUGCCUGUAUCCUGAGUCCUUUCUAGAACUAGAGGCUCCCCCAAUGCCCCAACCCAGGGUGUGUGAGGAGAAUCUGAGCCCCCUGGUAUUACUACUAAAAAGGAGACAGAUUGCAGAUCCGGGAGAGUGUCACUUCCUGGACCGGCCAGCUCCUGAAGCACUGAUGCAGGCACUGGAAGACUUAGACUAUCUGGCUGCCCUGAAUGAUGAUGGGGACCUGUCAGACCUGGGAGUCAUCCUAUCCGAGUUCCCCCUGCCCCCUGAGCUGGCCAAAGCCCUGCUGGCCUCCUGCGAGUUUGACUGUGUGGAUGAGAUGCUCACCCUUGCAGCCAUGCUCACUGCUGCCCCUGGGUUUACCCGUCCCCCACUCUGUGCAGAAGAAGCUGCUCUGCGUCGUGCCCUGGAGCACACAGAUGGUGACCACAGCUCUCUGAUCCAGGUGUUUGAAGCCUUCAUACAGAGUGGGGAAGAUGAGGCUUGGUGCCAGGCUCGGGGUCUUAACUGGGCAGCACUGAUCCAAGCCCGUAAACUUCGGGGAGAGCUCCUGGAACUCAUGCAGCGAAUUGAACUUCCCUUGUCCCAGCCAGCCUUUGGCUCUGAGCAGAACCGAAGAGACCUUCAGAAAGCACUGGUGUCAGGAUACUUCCUCAAGGUGGCCCGAGACACAGAUGGGACUGGAAAUUACCUGCUCCUAACCCAUAAGCAUGUGGCCCAGCUCUCCCCAUACUGCUGCUAUAGAAGCCGCAGGGCCCCAGCCAGACCCCCAUCUUGGGUGCUUUACCACAGUUUCUCCAUUUCCAAAGACAACUGCCUUUCCAUUGUUUCCGAGAUUCAACCACAGAUGCUGGUGGAGCUGGCACCCCCAUACUUCCUGAGUAACUUACCCCCCAGUGAGAGCAGAGAUCUUCUGAACCAGCUGAGAGAAGAAAGGACAGAUUUUUCAGCAGGGAGUGAAUCCUCCUCCACCCAGGAACUUGGAGAUGCCUGUGUCCUGCAGUGACCUACCUAAGGAGUGAAACUGACCUCAUCUCAUCACAUUAGAUCUUCCCUUGGGCUAGCACCAAGGCAGCCAGAUUUAGAAGUCCAAAGUUUAGGGUCAAGUGUAAAGUCUGGAGCCUGAGUCCCAAGAAAUGUUGUGCUGGGAGUGGAGGGAAUGGGGUAAGCUAUUGUCUACAUAGCAUAGGACCCUUUCCUUAGCUGUCUCCUAUUUAUUGGAGAGAAAGUGACAUGCUCCUCCCCCAACUUAAGCUAAACUCAUCCUUGUGCUCCCUAUUGUUCUAUAAAAGACUUUUCUAUGAUACCAAAUUUGAGUUUGGUUGUACAGCAUCAUAUACAUCCAUGAGUCAGAGAUGACACUGUAUCAAAGACCCAGGGCCAACUCCUCUAGCCGUAGCCUCCUCUGGUUCCCACCUCUGGUCAAGCCUUUGCACUAUGACUGAUGUAGCUGUCACUAGCACAGAACAUAAGUAGUUUGGCUAUAGUUGGCCUCUCACCCUGCCUGUAGCUCACUUCCCUCUAUCACAUUGCUCCAGUCUCCAGGGCACAAAGAAACGAGUGCUAUUGGAAUCAGACAAAACAUCCCCUUUUGUCCUCAUACAGCUUAAAUCCUGCUUCUCUGUAAACCUUAAGUCUGUUGCAAUCAUCCCCUAACUCUCAACUUGACAACAACAGGCUACUCAGCAGCUCCUGGCCCACCCACAAGCUGGACUUCAGAGACAUCGCCCUUUACUUUCUUUAAAGGGACAGUACUUCCCCUUUUCUUCCUUUGGCCUGUCAACUGCAGUAUCCCCCAGCACGUUGCACGUUGUAAAUAUAUUUGUAGAAUUUGGUGGAAAGAAAGUCCUUGGGAUUCUGCUUUCCUCCUCAGAGUUCCCUGUCAGAAUUCCCUCCCUUGGAAAUUCUAUUUGUUCUCUUCAUUCCAUCUAUCUCCACCCCUAUGUGGAUGUCAACUGAUUUCCACCAAAGGCACUUUUCCAGAAUUUAUUCCCUCUGGGACUAGGAUCUAGUUUUCCCUACAGAGUUACUCUUGCUCCAAUCUUCCCAGUUUUCCCCUUCAUCAUCCACAGCACCAUUGACUUCCUGAUUCUCCACAUUUCCAACCUUGGAAUUACCCUUGACACUACUUAGGCCUGUCACUUCCAAAUUAUUCACCAAAUUCUGCUCAGCCUCAUUCCACUGGGCGCCUUAACUUUGUCCACCGCUUCCUCCUCUCCCCUCUCCGUAGGUACUAGGUACCGGAGCCAGGUUUGUUUCCCUAGAUUUUCUCUUGCGUUCAAUGCGUACAUAUCCGUCUAGCCUACCUCCCAGGCGCCUUGUGAGGACCAAGUGGGAGGACAUGGUCAGCGGGCUGAACACACACGACAGGAGGCUCUAAGUCUCGUUGCUGGAAGGAAUCCUUAGCGAUUAUUUUACAGUUGAGGGAUGAGAUGCCCAGCGUGGACAACCCUCUGGUUCCUGACACAGACUCACAGACUCUGGCGCUCUGGCGAGGCACCUCCUUCAUCACCCCGCUGUCGCUGGCGUCCUCCUUUCUUCACAGCUUUCUUACAGACCCAGCCGGCUUGGGGCCGGCGGCUUGCUCGCGCCCAAAACACGAGCUCCCGACCCACCCCUCCGGCCGAAUCCCGAGUCUCAGGAGGGCAGCUCCCAUUGGCCAGCCCACCCUCCUCCCAGCACCUCAUUGGCUACCAGCGUUCAGGUCCCGCCCACUGGGUGCCUCAGGUUCCAUCCCGCGCCUCAGCCGUUCUGUGAGAAAUGGCGGGAAAGGCCGAGUCUGAGGGCGCUGGGCGGGUGGCGCAGC